CCCCCCCCCCCCCCCCCUGCUCCCCUCGCUCCUCGCGCCUUUUUGCCCCUCCCCCACCCGCUCGUCAGCCAGCGCCUGCCAUGACGCUGGUCCCCCCCGGCCCGGCGACUCCCUCCCCCUUGUCGCCGCCGCCGGCAAAGCGCUCGCGCACUGGCCCGGCCAGUCCGCAAGCCUUCGCGGAUGCGGCCAGCCGGGCAGACAGCCCGUUGGUCGACCGGGACUACUCCCCGGGACCGGGCGGCUUUGCCGACAGCCCGGGCCCCGGUGGCCCAGGCUCCCCGCCGACCGGGGCUCCGCUCAAUGACAAGUACAAAAAGUACCGAGCGCGGAUUCGCGCACGGAAUGCCGCCACCCAGGAGGCCCUGUCCCAGGCCCAGGACCAGGCCCAGCGUGCCAAGCUGGCCCUUGCGGAGACUGAAGCGCGCCUGCAAGCGGCCGAGGAGGCCCUCCGUCGCGGGGAGGCCGAUCGGGCCCAGCUGGCCGUCCGCGUCCAGGCCUCCAGCGAGGGGACCCUGGCCCAGGCGCGCAGCCAGCUGGCCGCCUCGGAGAAGGCUCGUCUGGAGCUGGUCCAACGGUUUGAGCGGGAAACCGCCAUCGUUCGGCAGUUGGUAGAUGCCAUCCGCCAGCGCGAGGGCCGCCUGCUGUAUGUGUGUGUGUCCCUUGUGGAGCGGGUCCGCUCGCUGGAGGCGCAAUUGGCAUCCGGGGCUGCCCCGGACCCGGGGGCCACCAUGCCGGCCGAUGCCACGGCCCUGGCUGCCUCGCUGCAAUCCUCGCUCAUGGCCCUGGCUACUGCGUCGACCGCUUCCUCGGCCACGGCCCCAGGGCCAGGCCUCUUCACACCUUCCUCGCCGCCAGCGGCCCCGGUCGUCGGGGGAGCCACCACCGACGCGGCCAUCGCCACCGGUGCCGAAGAGAAUGGCUCCACCUCCUCGGCGCCCUCCUCCUCGGGCUCCUCGGAUCCCCCCUCCUCGCCGUCGGCCCGGUCGGCCUCGGGCUCGGGCUCGGGCUCGGCCACCGCCGCCGCUGCCGCCGCCGCCGCCGCCGCCGCCGCCAAUACCCCCGGGUUUUCGGGCCUGGGUGGACGCAUGGCACCGGCAAACACCGACCUCGGCGAUCUGCCCCGGCACCCAUCCAUUUUGAGCGCCCGAUUGGACUCCUUCACGGAGGGUGGCUUCCUCCGGCCCGCCACCGAUGCCGAUGGGAUAACCAUGGCCAUGCUUGGCCUGGAUCCGGGCGACACGGCGGCCGGGGCGGCGGCAUCCGGCACGCGCAGCGGGCGAGGGUUCUCGGAUCUCGGGCACUCGCCCCUCCGGGGUGGGGCCUCCGCGCGGGCGGGCGACAUGCUUGAUCGACUUCCCUCAUUGGUGGGCAUGACCGGCACCACCGGGUCCUCCUCGUCCAUGGCGGCUGGGCGCCGGCCGGUGGGCGGCUCGCUCAAGCCCUCGGCCUUGCACGAGUCGUCGAAUGCCCUGGCCCCGGCCACGGAGACCGAUGGGUCGCCGGCGGCACACCCGGCCGCCGGCAUUGCCACACAGCAGUCCUUGGACUCCUUGCGACAGGCGGGCCUGGAACUUGGCAUGCCCACGGUCACUUCGGUGCUGGCGGACUCAUUGCUGGGGGUCUGCUUUCCGCAGUACAUGCUCCCCUCGCUUGGGCUGGCCGGUGCCAGUGCGCUGAUGGCUCCUCCGGCCGAAGCGCCGGCCAUGGCCGGUAGCCAGCCCAGCGAGGGGAGUGCCACCGCCGCGGCAGUGGAUCCGACCGGCCUGGCGGCCAGCCAAGCGGCUGCCCCUCUGCUGGCGCCGGCCUUCCAGCUGGCGCCGAGCUCCCUGCUGUCGACCCCGGCGGCCGGGGCGUCCGGCGUAUCGACGGCCCUGUUGGCGGGCCAGUCGCCUGCCAGGAAUGCCUCCUCGGCCUCGCCGGCGGCCGCAUCCUCGCAUGCGCCCUACUUGCCGUCGCACUUGCUCGGGGCGCUGGCCGGCUCCGGGGCUGGCUCCUUCGGCACUGGGGCCAUGGACAGCACCUCCGCGGCGAGUGCCAUCCCGGCUGCCUACCUGGCACAGCACUCCAACGCGCUGGGGACCAAUGUCGGCACCGGGGGCGGUCAGUCCCUCUUCCAGCUGCCGAUGUCCAUGGACAAUCCCCUGGGCUUCGGGUCCUUCUCGACGCCGCUCUCGCCCCUGGCAGCCCUUGGGCUGGUGGGCGGAGCGGGAUCGGUCGCCGCCGGUGCUGGAGCCACUGGCACUGGCCAAUCGGCCCUCGGAGCCAAUGCCUACCAUCCAUCGAUCUUGUCCCUGUCGUCCUUGCUGUCGACCAUGUACGGCUCGCCGAUGUCCCUGGGCGGGGGGGCGGCCGCUCCGGGGCAUGCCGGCGCUGCGCUGUCCCUUGCCUCGACGCCCGCGGCCACCGGCGCCGCCCCGGUCGCAGCCGGCAACAACCUCGGUGUUGGCACGGUGGCAUCCCGGCCGGUGGAGGAUGCGGUCACGCCGUCCACCCCGUCGGCACUGUCGUCGCGUAGUGCGGCGGCCCCCGCCCCCUCGCCAGCCAGCGCCACCGCCGGGGAUUUCACCUCCUUCUUCCGCCAACUCCCGACCGGGUCCGGCCAACCGGCCCAGGCCCCGACCGAGGUCCUAAGCUCGGCCUACUCGGCGCUCAAUGCCGCGGCCCCCUCGACUCCCCUGGCUGCCGGCAAGCGCGAGUAGCCGCUUGUAUUGUCCUUCCCCCCCCCCCCAAUACACCCACCCACACCCACA